ACUCAAAACCCACCCAUUUCCCACCGCUCGGCUCUGUACUCUCUCACUCUAUCGAAAGAAGAAAGAAAGGAAGCCCGUGCAUUUAAGACUUUCAGGUUCAAAAGAAGGGAAAGAUGAAACGCAAGCGUGGAUCCGUUAGACGCAAGCCUAAAAAAACACCAGUGCCAGUUGCUAAUAAUGCAUCUGCAAAUUCUUCUUUUUUGAAUGCUGAAGGUUAUUCUGGGGAUCAUGAUGGAUGUGAUGGAUUUGAUCCUACCAUGGAGGGUGAAACAGCACAUGCAAAUGCCACUUUAAGUUCUUUCCAUCAGGGACUAGAUGAACCAGCCUUUCCUGGGGAGACAAAUGGUGGCAAUUCAAUACAGAAUGGUAAUCUGCUAAAGAGUGUUGCCAGCUUUGCAGCUAAGCUGUCAAGAACUGUUGGUUCAUCAAUUGCCAAGCCAUCUGAUAAAGCACUUCUGUUGCAAGGUGAAAAGUCACAAGGAAAGAAACCAAGACUAUUCCAUCAGGAUCCUCAGAACAAUGAGCAAGAGCUAAAUGCUGCCCUUGUGGUGAUUAAGAAGAUUAUGAAAACAGAUGCAGCUAAGCCAUUUAAUGCUCCUGUGGACCCUGCAGCCUUGGGAAUUCCAGAUUAUUUUGAUGCUAUUGUUUCUCCUAUGGACUUUGGUACGAUAUGCAACAACCUAGAGUUGGGUUUAAAGUACAGAGAUGCAGCAGAUGUCUACAAGGAUGUGCAGUUAAUUUGGGAUAAUUGUUCCAAGUACAAUAAGAAAGGUGAUUAUACCCUGGAGCUCAUGAAGCGGGCAAAGAGUAACUUUAUAAAGCACUGGAAUGCAGCUGGUUUAUUCAGGCAUCCAGAAGAAGCUGAUAAUGUACAUUUAGAAGCAGACCCACAGGAUACUAAUGGCUGUUUCACAAGGCACAACAAAGAAGGGCAUAUGUUUCCAGCAGGUUCCAUGAUCAACAACUCCAUCCAUCAUGAAAGACCUGAUUUGGUUGGUCUUUACCAGGUGCAGAGACAAGAAUAUUCACCUUGCUUCAGCCACAUGCACUCCCAGCAUAUAUGCUCCCAGUGCCAGUGUGAGUGCCAAUCUUCAGAGUUUCAGUCCUUCCAGCGCCAUUGUAGCAGACAUCGUCCUACUGCAGGUAGGCAUAUGUGUUCCAGUGGUCCAAUUAGUGGAGAGCACUACAGCCAGCGGCAGGAUGAGAUUAGGCCCUUCCAAAAACUCUCGUGUCAAUCCUCACCUAGUUGUGGCACUCAAAGCCAUUCCUGUGAGAGACCCUACAAGUAUCAAUCGAACUCUAGCCAUCUCCAACCUUCUAGCCUACUGUCUGGCAGAGAUACUCAAACUGCAGGCCAUGUGCAUUUACCAAUUCAUGGAGUCUCUUCUUCCUCGACAUGCAACAUAUGUGAGCAUGCUUGCAGUUCAGUUCCAAUGAGUUAUAAUUCCAACCACCACAAGCACUAUCAGAUGUGCUCCUGUCCCAUUAAUGAGCAUCAAUCUUUGCUGAGGUGUUGUGAUCAAUAUCAGCAACAUCAGAAUUCUUGUCAGCAUUACUCACACUCAAGUCAGAUGCGGAAUACGGAGCCUGAUGUUAGAGAUGCUGGAAAUGCAGUUGAAUCUACUGUCAGACAUACCGAAGGCAGACUCAGAUAUCCAAUGGCCCCAGUUACUGAUGGUAGCAGCCACCAGCAGCAGUGUCAGAUGGGUCCAAGCCAAGUGCCAUCAUCCCCAACGAUGUAUAGCAACUCAUGUCAGCCUCAGGGAAAGAGGUAUCAGUGCCAGUUGGACUUUGGUCAUUCAGAAAGACCCCUGCCAGAAGACAGGCCAAAUAUUGGUGGAGCAGAACAUUCAAAUAUCCCACCACAUGCAGAAUCUACCAUUAGACAUGAGACUGACUAUUCGGGUAGCCCAGAUGAUAAUGAUGAUCGCAGCGAUGAGCAGGAAUUUCAGCUAGGCCCCAAUGAGUUACAGUCACCCUUAUUGGGCCAGUCAGAUGAGCCAAAGGAAGAUGGCCCCCAAUUUCAACCAAGCUCAAGCCAACCAGAACCUCCCAUGCCGCAGAGUGGGGUUAAUAUGACAGAUGCAGACCACGCUGGUCUGGAGAGAAAAACUCGAGGGCGAGGACCCACACGGUGCCUUAAGUUGUUGGUAGAAGGGAUGCGGAUAUCAGUCACCACAAAUGAACUGGGGCAACCCGUCGGCCCUGAGGCUUCAAAAUUGGUUAGCUUUCUGGGCACUCUUGCAAGGAAUGGAAAUUUGGCACCUCUUACAUACGUUGACUGGAGGGCUGUGCCUGAAGAGAGCAAGGAGAAUAUGUGGGAGGAAGUUCAGAAGAAGUUUGAAAUUGACCCAAAUAGUAAAAGUUGGGUUAUUAAAUCCCUUGGCAAAAAGUGGAAAGACUGGAAAUCCAAGUUGAAGACUGCACAUUACAUCACUCAUGCAACUGAUGAGGAGAGGCUAGCUGACCGUGAUGAGAGAGUCCUUCCAGAACAAUGGGCCUACCUUGUUUCACAUUGGAGUUCCGAGGAAGCAGAGAAACGGAGUGCUACAAAUAGGGCUAAUCGUGCACAGCAGAAGUUUGGGCACGUUACAGGAACCAAGAGCUUUGCACGGAUACGUGAAGAGCAGCGUGUUAAGAGAUCUGAUGGGAAGGCUCCAUCUCGGGCAGAGCUAUUCAUCUUGACUCGCACGCGCAAAGAUGGAAAGCCUGUAAAUGAAGCAUCCUCUGCUGUAAUUACCCAGCUUCGUGAAAUUGGAAGUCAACCACAGAAUGCCUUCCAGAACAACAACGCUGGAGGUGACGUCUUCUCUCAGGUUGUGGGUCGAGAUAGACACGGUCGUGUGCGUUGUCUUGGAUUGGGUCCAUCUCCUUCUGAUUUUGUGGGACAAAAACCUACGCAGGCUGAGGCCAUGAAAAUGGUGACAGAGGCGAAUGAUGAGGUACGCCAGAUGAAAGAGCGGUUGGUGGCCAUGGAGCAGACUUGUACGCAGAUGGCACAACAGAUGGCUACUAUGAUGUCGAUGAUGUCAUCUAUGCAGAAAAACUCGACAGCUGACAAUGUGCCUGAUGUAGUUGUUAAUGGCUCAGGCAGUUCCGAAGGUUCACCAGAUCAGCAAGUACAAUCCUUGCCAUUAAGACGCUCAAGUAGAAAAGGCAAAUUUUAGGCGUGCAGCUUCUAAAGGAGCUUUAGUCCCCCCUUCGGGAAAUGUAAAAUACUACUAUAUGUCUUUGCACACUAAUUUAAUUAGAUCCAAUCCAGUCAGUCUUUUAUUGGGGCUUUAAAUUAUACAUAUAUACUUAGAUGGGCUGAAGUUUCUUAAAGAAUUUCUUUUUCAGUAAAUUUCUUGGUAGCAUUAAGAGUUUGGUGAAUUCUUAGCACCCGUUUGGUUCGGACUCCGGAACGGCAGCAGCAAUGAGUAUAAAAUGAUCCUC